UCGUCUAGAGUGAGAGACAGAGAGGAAGAGAGAGAGAAAGAGAGAGAUGGCGGCGAUGCAGUGGUGCGGCGCGAUGGCGCGACGGAUUAUGAUGACGCAGCGUACGUCUGCAGCAUUGACUUCUUCGGUGAGGUAUUCGUCGUUAUCUCCGGCGUCUGCAGCUCCGGCAGCAUCGGAGAUGAAUCUGUGCGGGAGAGGGGAUAAGAAGACGAAGAAGGGGAAAAGGUUCAAAGGAUCGUACGGAAAUUCGAGAGGGAAGAAGCAGAAGAUGAUCGAGAGAAUCAAAGACAAGCUCGAGGUUCCCAGGUCUACUCCUUGGCCUCUCCCUUUCAAGCUCAUCUGAAAGUUUCUCCUCUUAGGGUUUUCUCGUUUGCCACAAAAAAAUGUUGCCUUUAGUGGUGAAUCACCAGUUCUUAAAACCGUCUGUAUACUUCUUUUUCAUGAAUCGUUGAAUACAAACAUCAUCUGCAUUCAUGAUCUGUAUUUUUGUUUGAUACGUUUUUUGGCGCUUUAGAGGCUCAAAA